AUGACAAUGUCUCUCAUCCAAGCGUGCCGCAGUCUGGCUCUCUCAACAUGGCUGCUUUCCUUUUGUUUCGUGCAUCUGCUCUGCCUGGACUUCACCGUGGCGGAGAAGGAGGAAUGGUACACCGCCUUCGUGAACAUCACCUAUACGGAUCCCGAGCCCGGGGCCGCCGUGGCGGGCGGCGGUGGCGGCGCCGAGCUGCACACGGAGAAGAGCGAGUGCGGGCGUUACGGCGAGCACUCGCCCAAGCAGGACGCGCGCGGCGAGGUGGUCAUGGCCAGCUCGGCCCACGACCGCCUGGCUUGCGACCCCAACACCAAGUUCGCCGCGCCGGCCCACGGCAAGCACUGGAUAGCCCUCAUCCCCAAGGGCAACUGCACCUACAGGGAUAAGAUCCGGAACGCGUUCCUGCAGAACGCCUCCGCUGUGGUCAUCUUCAACGUGGGCUCCAACACCAAUGAGACCAUCACCAUGCCCCACGCAGGUGUGGAGGACAUCGUGGCUGUAAUGAUCCCUGAGCCCAAAGGGAAGGAGCUAGUGAGCCUGCUGGAGAGAAACAUCACCGUGACCAUGUACAUCACCAUCGGCACCCGGAACUUGCAAAAAUAUGUGAGCCGCACGUCGGUUGUGUUUGUCUCCAUCUCCUUCAUUGUCCUGAUGAUCAUUUCUCUGGCGUGGCUGGUGUUUUAUUAUAUCCAGAGGUUUCGAUAUGCAAAUGCCAGGGACAGGAACCAGCGCCGACUGGGAGAUGCAGCAAAGAAAGCCAUCAGCAAGCUCCAGGUCAGGACCAUCAGGAAGGGUGACAAGGAAACAGAGUCCGAUUUUGAUAACUGUGCAGUCUGCAUAGAAGGGUACAAGCCCAACGAUGUGGUCAGGAUCUUGCCCUGCCGGCAUCUUUUCCACAAAUCCUGUGUUGACCCCUGGCUUCUAGACCAUCGCACCUGCCCCAUGUGCAAGAUGAACAUUCUUAAGGCCCUAGGGAUCCCGCCCAAUGCUGACUGCAUGGAUGACUUGCCCAUUGACUUCGAAGGCUCUCUAGGAGGCCCACCAACCAAUCAGAUCACAGGAGCCAGUGACACAACUGUCAAUGAAAGCUCAGUCACUCUGGACCCUGCUGUGCGGACAGUGGGGGCCCUGCAGGUGGUCCAGGACCUAGACCCUGCUCCUCAGGAGGGAGAAGCCAUCUUUACAACUAACAGUGACCAAGAGCCAGCAGUGAGCAGUGAUUCUGACAUCUCACUAAUUAUGGCACUGGAAGUGGGCCUGUCUGACGUAGAACUUUCCACUGACCAAGACUGCGAGGAGGUGAAAUCUUGAGAUGGUAGAAACAGACAAAAGAAAACAUAGGAAUCAGGGGGACAGGAAGGAAGCAUGCUCCGAGAAUCGAACUGAAUUCACGGCCUUCAGAUCACCAUGGCAACCCCAAGGCACUCUGUUCCAGGGUGGUAAUGAAAGCAAUAUCUAAAGUCUCCCAAGUCAGGAUGCGGGGUCCCAUCUCUGCAACAGCCUGUGGCCUUGAUGUGGAAGUUGAAAGCUGGAUUCCUUGGUGUUCGUGCAGAUGGGUGGCAGACCGGAAGGAGACCUUCAGAGCAUCUUCCCUUGAUUUCAGCUCUGCUAUCUUCUUGCUCUUGUUUGGGAAAGAUGGUUUCAUUCCCUUGGCAAUUUCUUUUUAAAGUUGAUGUAGAGUUUACAUCGAUCCCUCUGUUUUCCCGUUGAUUCACGUGAGCCCGUAUACAGAGGUCUGUUUAGGAGUCCCAGUUGCUGCUCCAGUGAUUGGUUUGUACCACAUCUUGGGAUUCAUAGUCAUGAGUUAUCAGUAUGACGUGUGUAUGACUUUGAGGAUCACCUCAGCACACUAAAACUGUGGGAGGCCAGAUUUUAUCAAGCAUCUAACCCCCUCCUCUAAGUGGGUCUUGUCAAGCCCAGCUGCCAGACAGCAACACUAAGUUCUGGAUCUGCUGAGUUGGUUGCUCGUUAUUUUCAGCUCUGUCGCAUGGGCUUCCACUUGUCAUGUUCUGUCAGGGGCCAACUUGGCAGGAGAGAACUGUCAGGGAGGAAUGUCUAAAACUCAGAAUUCCCCAAAGGACACCAUGACAAAGCUCAGAGUAUGUGGAACUAUAAACCUAGUUAAAAACAAACAAACAAACAAACAAACAAACAAACAAACCUGAUACCCCAUCUUCCCAGGGUAGGGAAGAUCCCUGACUCCCUGAUUUCCCCCAAGGCCUUAGCAGUUUAUCUCCUUCAUAAAUGAAUUCCAUGGGUACAAGGUAUAGAAAAGAUGCAAUCAUUUUUCUUAGGUCACUGGCAUCCAGGUGUAAGCUUACUUCAGGGACUGUCCUGUUAACCCUCACCAGCCUACAUGGAAAGAUCUAAAUAAGUCCUUAACAGUUUGCAUCUUGGGUCUUCCUGAGAGCAUCCAGGUAUCAAGAGGAGAAUGAGGUAUGAUCUGAUAAAGUCUGAAUCGAAAUGUGCAUCAUCAUGGGAAAUUGCUAAGUUGAGUUUCUUCGGAUUUGUAAGAAUCAAAUAAGAUUAAAAGAAAAAAAAACAAAUGACUAUCAAAACCCACUGUAUUAUAAAGUGGUUUAUGAUUUCAUUCUCUUUUUAUCUGAAACAAUAACAAAAGGAUACUGUCUUUCAAGUGGACAGUAUUGUGAUACACUCGGCAAUACUAGAGGCAGAGGUGACCAGUCUGUAUCCCUCUGAACAAUCAGGAGGAUCUCCUCCUCCUCUUCCUUCUCCUUCUUCUCUUCCUCCUUCUCCUCCUCCUUCUUCUUCCUCCUCUUCAUCCUCCUCCUCUUUCUCUUCCUCCUCCUCCUACUACUCCUCAUGGCUAGCAGUUGGCAAGGUCAUACAGAGCAGAAAUUAACCAGGGAAGCAAGCUCUUUCCACUGAGCUGUAUUUAUGUAUUUGAUUUGGGCUUU